UUAUUUCUAGUUAGUAGAAUAAAUAAAGAAAAGUAUGGCUAUGGCAGAGGGUGGUUAUGAUGCAAAUUUUGUUGAAGAAGUAGCCACUGAUAUAAAAUGUAUUGUGUGCCAUUUUCCUUUGAGGAAACCUGUACAGGUUAUACAAUGCGGGCACAGAUUUUGCGAGCAGUGUUUUGAGCAAAUGGAGGAUUAUUCCUUUACUCGAAAAACAACCCUUCGCUGUCCCUUUGAUCGACUGGUAAUUAACUCCAAGCAGGUGGUAUAUAAAAAAAGAAGUACAACAUGGAUGUUGUUAUCGUAGAGGGUGGCUAUGACGCAAAUUUUGUUGAAGAAGUAACCACUGAUUUGAAAUGUUGUGUGUGUCAAUAUCCUUUGAGAAAGCCUGUACAGAUUAUACAAUGCGGACACAAGUUUUGUGAGCAGUGUUUUGAACAAAUGAAGGAUUAUUCCUCAACUCAAAACAUAGACCUUUGUUGUCCCUUAGAUCGAAUGGUGAUUGACUCCAAUCAGGUGUUUCCAGAUAAAGGAUUAGAGAGAAUGGUCCUCAACUUAAAAGUGCGAUGCUCUAAUGUAGCAAAAGGUUGCAUUUGGGUGAAUGAUUUGAGGGAUCUGAAGCCCCAUUUAGAUGGAGAUUGUGACUACACCAUAGUAACAUGUCAGAAUGAAGGUUGCGACAAGCAAAUCCAACGCAACGCCUUACAACAGCAUGUUAUCCAAUGUUCUGUUCAGAAAGAUGGGGAUUGCAAUGGUAAAGAAAUAAAAGAAUUAAUUGAUAGUCUUAGUUCCAGAUUACUAGAGUGUGAAAUGAAAAUGAAAGAAAAGGAUGAGAGACUAAUCAAUUGCGAGAAAGACCUAAAGGUGACAAAAGACAAGUUGUUGGUGACAGAACAUGCACUAGUUAGUUUUAAGAAGGAAUUAAAGACAACAACAGUCAGGUUAGGGAAUUGUGAAGCGGAAGCAUUAAAGAAAGAUGCGAUUAUUAAACGAUUAUCCAGUGUAAAUUCUAUGGGUUUUUUUCAAUGGACAAUAAAUAAUUACAACAGCGUUAAAUGGAGCGAAGAAUUGAACAGUCCAUACUUCUAUUCAUCAUAUAAUGGCUACAAAUGUCAACUAAUGGCUAAAUGGUAUGGACCUGAAAGAGGUAGAAUGGGUUUGUAUUUUUUCAUUUGCAAAGGCGAGAAUGAUGAUGAAUUAGUAUGGCCAUUUCCAAUGAAAGUACGAUUGCAAUCUACUGACAGAAAUGGUGUUAUAAAAAGUAUGACUGUUUCGGGUUGGAAGAGACCUGAAGUUAUGCUAACAAAUGGAAUCGGAUCGAGAGGAUUUUUACAAAUGCCGCAGUUGGCAAAACAUAUUCAAAAUAACAAGAUGGUGAUUUAUUGUUUUUUCGAUCUUUGACACACAGACGUCUCUUCUUUAGUCUCUCUCACAGCUGUUAUGUGAUUUUCUCUCUUCAUUCUUUCCUAAUUUUAUCACUAUAAAGUGUUUUUUAGUUUUCUGAAGAAUAACAAAACGCAGGAAAUAAAAUAAUAAUAUCUUA